UCGUAUCCGUUGUGCGAAAUUUGCCCCACAUGCACAACGUAACAAAUUACUUGAUCGCAAAUUUGGCCGUAGCAGAUCUUUCAGUCACUGUGUUUGUUUUACCGUUACACUUACUCUCCGGCAAUCGUAUAAGCAUCGUCAAAAAUAUACCUUCGUGGGCCUGUAAGAUGAUUUCGUUUGUGUCAUGUUUGUCGUUGACCGCUUCGUGUUAUUUUUUGGUCGCCGUUUCUGUUGAACGCUUUCUGGUAAUCUGGUAUCCGCUAAAGCAUCAUCAUAUCGCCACUGGCCGAAUACGGUUUGUGAUCGCCGUCGUUUGGUCGGUGUCUGCCGUGCUCAGCGUCCCGCCUGCUCUGUUCGUGGGACCAGUGCCGGGAGUGGGCAACCUAUCCGAGUGUUCUGAAAAGUGGCCAGACUUUCUUCUGGAUAAGUAUUGGUUCGACUUUUCAAACCUGCUGUUGCUCCGGUACGUUUUUCCGUUUGGCGUAAUUUCGCUGUGUUACGCCAUGAUAUGGCUCAAGGUGUACCGGCGGACCAUACCGACGGAGAUCAUGGACGCUAAAUACGAGUUGCUGCUGCAAAAGAGCAAAGUCAGGGCCUUCAAACUACUUAUUUUGAUCAUACCGUUUGCCGUUUCUUGGCUGCCCCUGCAGAUUUUCUUUGUGAGAACAAAACCGUCCAGUUGGGAAAAGCAAAUGUUGCCCGUUGCCGUAUGGCUGGGCGUCAGCAACAGCUGCGUCAACCCAGUGCUGUACGCAAUGUUCAGCAAGACUUUCCGUCGAGAAUUCUUAGCCAUUGCGCGCACCUGCAAAUGUUGGGGCAAGCUCAAGCACGAACAACAACAAUUUGGAACCAGACAACGGAGCCAACAAAGCGUUUCCCUCCUCAACUCUACGCACUUACAUUCCCCGACAAGCCAGUCGGACGACGAACGCUCGUGUGGUCAACAAACAAAACGGCAAAUAGAUUUCUGA